GAAGCCCGAGCCGCCCCCGCGUCGCCUCUGGGUCGUCCUCUGUCGCUUCAUCUCCAUGCUCAUCCGAUCUCUGGGCCCUGCGCCGGGCCGGCUCCCUCUGGCGGCAUGGGUUACAAUGCGUUCCUCAUGCGGACGACCACCGCUCGCCAUGCUGCACAAUCGCAUCAGCGGCACACAGCGAUAUUUUGCAACCCCACCUCUGUCCUCGCCCAAUUCCACGAGCGCCGGCUCGCCGUCUGCUCCAGCGACAACGGCAAGAACUCGAACUUCUCGCCGAGCUCGGUCCGAGGAGGACCUGGAUCCCAACAUCAUCCAAUUCGAUCAAAAAAGCCGUGGCCCGCUCUAUUUUGGCAUCGGCGCCUCGGCUUUCAUUCUGCUGGGUUCGACCCUGCUGUUUCAUUGGGCCACAUCGAUCUAUCCCAAGCGCUCGAUUCCCGACGCCGCUGUUUUCCACCGAGCAGACGAAUCGACAACCGUGACCAACUGGUCGGCGACGCAUGCGGUCACGCUUCCUUCGUCGUCGGUACACUAUCCCAGCAACCUCGAUGAACUCGAAAAGAUCGUGGCCGACUCACACUUUGAACACCGAUUCAUCCGCCCAGUUGGAUCAGCGCUGUCGCCCAAUGGUAUUGGGCUUGGGCCGUAUGGAAUGAUCAACUUGGCGUUGAUGGACAAGAUUCUCGACAUCGACCGGGAGCAGGGGACAGUGAGGGUCCAGGCCGGCGCUCGAAUCGAACAGGUUGUCGAAGCUCUUCGCCCAUACGGCUUGACACUACCCAACUAUGCUUCCAUCCGGGAGCAGCAGGUCGCUGGAUUCACCCAGGUUGGCGCUCAUGGGACAGGCGCCACAAUUCCGCCAGUGGAUGAUUUUGUCGUUGGGAUGAAGAUUGUCACUCCGGGCAAGGGCACCCUUGAUCUGAAGAUGAGCACAGGUGACCUACGGGAUGACGGCAGCGCCAAUUCAAUCAAAGACACGGCAUCAGCUGCGGCAGUGCCAGAUCGUUGGUGGGGCGGCAGCAGCUAUGGCUUUACAGAUCCUGAGCUCCUCCGACUUGCCAGACUCUCGCUUGGCACACUGGGGGUUGUGGCCGAGCUCACACUCAAGGUUGUUCCAGCCCACAAACUUGUAGAGGAGACACGGGUGUAUUCAAUCGACCAAGUCAAGCGCAACCAUUCGUCGUGGCUCUACAGCAACCAGCAUCUGCGCUACAUGUGGAUUCCGCACACCGAUAAGGUCGUCGUGGUCAAAUCGAAUCCACUCAACCCUCUGGAUCACCAUCAAGCCGAUCUUGGCCACGAGUCUUCGCCGCUGGAGGAGCGCCUGGCCGGUAUUCGCCGGUUGUAUCGACAGCUCUCGAGCGAGCUCCCCGGCAAGCUGCCGCGACUGACCGAGGACAUGGGCUACACGGCCCUGCGGGACGCCAUGUACAUGGCCGAUCCACUGAAUGUCGAACUUGUCCGGCGCGUGAACGAAGCAGCCGCCGAGUACUGGACCCGCAGCGAGGGCACACGAACAGACUGGAGCGACCAAAUCCUGGGCUUUGACUGUGGCGGCCAGCAAUGGGUCUCCGAGGUGGCCUUCCCGGUGACACACUCGAGCUUGUCUGCGUGGUCGUCGCAAUACUAUGCCGAUCUCGGAUAUAUGGAUCGGCUCUUACAGAUCAUCCGUGACGAGAAGCUACCGGCCCACGAGCCCAUCGAGCAGCGAUGGACCAAGUCGUCCGGGUCGCCCUUGUCCCCGGCUGCGCGGGAUCUGGGGUCGGUCUACGCAUGGGUCGGCAUCAUCAUGUACCUCCCCGAUGCCAGGGACGACCGGGAGACCGAAUCGCUUCGACACACGAUCCAAGGAGCCUUCAUGGAGUACCAGACACGAUGCUCGCAAGCACUCUGGGAUCGGUAUGGAGCCCAGGAGCACUGGGCCAAGAUCGAAGCCGAUAUGUCCAUAUGGACAGGCAGCCACGAGCGAAUCCAGAGGCGCUUUGGCGCUGUCUUGGGCAAACUCAAGAAGGUCAAGCAGGAACUGGAUCCGCGAGGGAUCCUGGGCGAGCCCAAGGUCAAUGAACUAUUGGGGCUUUAGCAGGUGCAUACGUCGCUGCCAACGAAGAUGCUGUGCACGGCCGAGUGGUGCUGUGCUUGGUGGGAUGAUGCUGUGUCGGGCCCGGUGGCCUGGAUGGUGUUACCCUGUCGAUGCAUGGAGUUGGUCGUGCAGACGGCACCUGAAUAUACAAUUCCUCCCCCCCA